AUGACAAGUAAUCAAAUGGAUCGUAUAUGUAAUGGUGAGGAAGUUCAAGAAGCAAUUAAUCGAUUAGAAGCGAAUACUAAACAGAAUGUCAAUAUAAAUAGUUCAUUAAAAAGACAUGCAACAAGCGAACAUGAUCAAUUUGCAUUAAAUUUAACUAGAACGUUUACCAAUUCAUCUCAUCAUCGUGAAAAACAACAAUUAUCAAAUACAAAUAACAAUAAUCGAAAUGGAUGUAAAAUAAAUAAUAAUAAUAUUAAGGUAUCAAAUUAUGCAUUGAAUUAUGCUGCAGAUUAUCAAUAUCCACCAUUCAAACUAGAAUGUGAGCCGAAAUUAGAUGAUAAGAAAGAAGGUGUAAAACUAAAAGAAAGAUAUCCAGAUGAGUUGAUUAAUAUAAAAAGUAAUCCAAUUCCACCAACACAUUUACCUCGACAACACACAAUCAUUUUAAAAUGGAUAAAAAAUACAAUUACAGAUCAAGAUAUUAAGAAUGAAUUGUGUAUUAAUUAUAAAAGUAUACGUUCAAUCUCAACAAUAAAUGAUACUCUUAAUGAAAGAACAAGACAUGUUACGAUUGAAUUUUUAGAUAAAAAAGAUUAUGACACAUUACUAAAUAGUAAAAAAAUUAAUUUAAUGGGUCAAUUAUAUGAUAUCAAUGAAUUUCUUCCGGCACCAAAAAUUCUGAUCUGUAGACGAUGUAAUCAACCAGGACAUACCAAAAAGGUAUGUCUAAACUCAUCAUUUGAUAUCUGUCAUUGUUGUGGUGGCAAUCGUACAAAUAUUGAAGAACAUAAAGAAUGUCCUAUUAAAUGUCACCACUGUCAAGCUGAACAUUUAUCAACAGAUUAUAAAUGUCCAUUAAUAGACGAUUAUCGUAGACAAAUAAUAUGUGAAUUGAGAAAACACCCCGAAAAACUUCCACAGCAUAUUCAACUUUUUAUUCCACCUGAAUAUCGUAAUCAAAAUAAUAAAGAAAAAAUAAUUCAGAAUAAAACUAUGUAUCAUCUCACACAACAACAAUAUUAUUGCAGAAAUGAUCAUAAUCAAUGGGCAUUGCUUACCUCAACAACAACAACUAAUACAACAACGAAUCAAAACAUGAACGAAAUAAUUAAAUCAUUUAAUGAUGAAUUAGUUGAAUUGAAGAAAAAAUAUAAAGAAGAUCAACAAAGAAAUGAAGAAAAAUAA